AUGAGAUUUCCCAAUGUUGGCUUGGCCGAGCUAUCUAAGAGUAUUAUCAAAAUCCGUGGCCCCGAUGCAACCAAGUUUUUAAAUGGACUAGUAACUUCUAGGUUACUUCCAAACGUGGUGAAGAAAAAACAACACACUAUAAGUGAAUCUGAAAAUAGACAUUCAAAUCUUUCAGAGAUUAUUGACGUUUCCAAAAACUAUGGAUUGAUGCAUGAAGAUAUUUACGACCCCGAUUAUAACAUAAAUAUUAGCAGAGACGGGAUCAAUUCAAUGAUUUUGAAUUCAAAGGGUCGAGUAGUAACAGAUUGCUUUUUAUAUCCAGACCCUUUCCAUAACGUGGAUUGGGUUUUCCAAGAGAGUAUGAAUGAGCCGGGAUAUUUAUUAGAAGUGGAUACACUGAUACUGCAACAAUUGAUGAUGAUACUAAAGUUACAUAAACUUAGUGCUAAAGUCGAUAUAGUUCCCGAUAAAAAACUUUAUUCAUAUUACUAUUAUGAUGACACUGCCACAUUUGAUGCAUGGUUGGAAAAUAUUCAAUUCAAAUACUUUAAAAGUCUUGAUCCAACAACUGCUUUACAGAAUGCGAACUCUUUCAUCAAGGACAACGUUUUCUUCAAUCAACAAAUAGCUAAGAAUAUUUUGGGAUUUGCCGUUGAUAACAGAAUUCCAAACUUUGGUAUAAAGUUUAUCUCGAAUAAGCCAAUAUCCACUAAUAAUGACAAUGACGGUCAACAGGAUGUGAUCCCGGUAGAGUCACUUUUUUCUGAAUCAUUUAGCCAGGAAUUUGACACACCUACUAUUAACGAGAGUGGUGUUGUUCAAAGACGAUUUCAAAAUGGGUUAUUUGAGAUUCAGGAUGCAUCAAAGGGCAGUUCUUUAUUGCCAUUUGAGUGUAAUCUUGAUUAUACCAAUGGUUUGUCGUUGGACAAAGGAUGCUAUGUUGGCCAAGAAUUGACUAUUCGUACAUUUAAUAAUGGUGUUAUCAGAAAAAGAAUAUUCCCCGUACAAUUUUUCCAACUAACAGAGUAUAAUAUCAGCUAUUUACAAGAUCAUCCCAUUGAUUUGAACAUGCUGGACCCAGUGGUAGAAAACUUGAGUAAUAUUCCAAAUUCAUCAUUAGGGAAAUUGGAAAUUACACCACUCGACGACUCUGAGCCACAACAGCAACAACCACCCACUAAUGAAAGUCCCUUUGCAUCAUCACCAUUUGGCUCUUCUAAGGUUGUAAGGAAGAGAAAAACAUCACUUGGGAAAAUAGUUUCAGUAAAGGAUAACCUUGGAUUGGUGAUGCUUGCAGUUUCUGAUGUGGAAAAGUGCCAAAUUUAUAAACUCGAACUACCUUCAUUUGAAGGCGGAACUCAAUUCAUCGGCGUUAAAGUUGGUAUUCCCGAUUGGUGGCCAGUAAAUUGA